AACAAGUGACCUAACAACGUGCUAACAACACAAAACACAACAUGGCAACCCCAAAUAGAGGUGAAACAGUACAAAAACAAAUCCAACAAGAUUGGGUUAAUAGAGAAUAUAUUGAGAUAAUAACUAUAAGUAUAAAAAAAAUAACGGACUUCCUCAAUUCGUUCGAUUUGUCUUGUCGAUCUAAACUUGCAGGGCUGAACGAAAAACUUACUACUUUGGAAAGAAAGAUUGACUAUUUAGAAGCUUGCGUCACUAAAGGUGAAACACUAACAUGAGAACAUUCUAUUAAGAGUACCUACAUUAUGAUUAUGCCAUAUAAGAUAUUCACAAAUUAUUCUCUGUCCACCCAGUCUAAGAGAACUAUGUUCUACUGGAUAAAUCUACAGUUCAAUGCCUUGGAUCAUGACCGUAAAAAAAUAUUAGGUCCUGAUCGGACCUGUGCAGAAUGGAUUUUGCGUAAUGGAGGGUCUGUCAAGUGGGCAAAUACUGAGGAAACUGUUUCAAACUAUAAUAAGUUGCCCCCAGAAGGAAAGAUACUGAAAUUACUAGAAGUAGAUGCUACAAACACCAAUAUCAUGCACAAAGGAUUUGAGCAUUUCAAAGGAUGUGAACAUAUUAGGAAACUUAUUUUACACAGAUGUAAUUAUUUAGAAGAUUCAGCCCUGGAAGACUUGCGCUUUCUGAAGAAUUCAUUGUCUUAUCUUCAGAUCAGUAGCUGUCACAAUAUAACUGACAAAGGGCUCCUCCAGUUGAAAAUUUUGAAUAAUUUGAAUGAUUUGAUUUUGAACAAUCUUCCAUCAGUGAAGGAUUUGUCAAAAACUGUGCAGGCAUUGAAUACUAGUUUACCUAGGUGUAAUAUACAGGUUUAAGUAUUUUUCUAGAAUAGAAGUCAAACACUCAUAAUAAUAUUGAAUUAUAAUUUUUCCACUUCCAUCCAAGGAAGUACACAACAAUUUAAGAAGGUAAAAAAAGGAAUGUUUACAAACCCCAAUGUUAUUUGUGAAUUUAACUAUCAGCUGCUAUUAGUGUGAUUGAGGCAGAUUAUUAUGUGUUUUCUAUUCUAGUGUUUAGAGUGUUUAUUAACAAGUCUUUUCCUAUACCAACUUCUUUUCAUUACAAC